UAUACAGAAACUUGAGCUGGGAAACAACAGCAGUGCAUUCUAUUCGGGUUAUAAGAUAAGGACUUUUUCGUAAAGCCAUCUACUUGGAACAAUGACUCUUUGAAUGGGAGUAUUAAGACGGACGACAUCCUAUCCUACCCAAGUGGCAAUAACCUCUCUCAUAUCAAAAAAGGCAAACAGUUUAAGCUUAUCAAAAAUUUUAGAAAAGGUCAAAGUACGCUGUUAUAGUUACCAAAAUGGGCACAGUUUAUUCUUCAGCUUCAAAAAGUGAGCCGUUAGGGAAAUCAAAACUGCGUUUAUAAAACAAACAGGCAUCAAAACAUUGUGCUACUUCUUAUGGCAUUGAGUUGGGAUAGAAAGCUACAGAAAAAUCAAUGUGGCGGGUACUGGCAAAAUUUCUUCAACACGUACGCACACAAUUGCUUUUAGAUAAACACAGUUAGACAUCGGAUAACCGACGAAGAGUGUGUUUUCGGUAUUGUUGAGGCUUCAAACACUGUUCAUAAUGGCUACUCCAUUGAGUAUGGGAGGCGAGCAGAAGAUGAGUAUUGACGUUAUCUCAUUGCCACUGUUGAAUCAGAUGGUACUGCAUGACAUAAAUUUAAAAAAAGCAUAGGGUUCGUUUCAGCAAGCGAACUUGAAAGCACCUUUUAAAACAAGAAAUAAAAAAAAUCUGAGAGAAGCAGCACAAAAAUGAUGGUUAUCGGUAAACAAUAGUCUGGCUUUCUACAGUAGCAGCAGCAACAGCAAAUACUGCAUCAUUUUCU